AUGACCUGUGUCCCUUCUAUCAAGGAAAGUGAUGUGGAGGCUGGAGGUCGUGCCGUGAAUAAGUACUGGAUUGACCUCACCAACAUGGCACCGGAUGCUGCCGACCGGAAGUCAGAAGCGUGCCAGGGGCAUUUCCGCUUUCGGAGGAGCGAGCGCCGCGGGGCAGAACAGGUCCGGGAGAUGACCUCAUCAAGAUGGCCGCCCGGAAGCCAGAAGUGUGGCACGUUGCACGAAUGGGCGGGACUUAGGACACCACCCUCUCGGGCUCCGCAGUUCCUGGACGAUGACCUCCUCAAAAUGGCCGCGUGGACACCACCCUCUCGGGCCACGCGGUUCCUGGGCGAUGACCUCCUCAAAAUGGCCGCCGGGCGGAUCCGACCGGAAACCGGAAGCGUGUCUUGGCGGGCGGGGCUUAGGUCCACUUCCGGCAUCGGUAGUCGAACACCACCCGCUCCAAACAAUGACCUUCUCAACAUGGCCGCCGAACGCGGCCGACCGGAAACCGAAACGCUAGCCCGACCCUCUCAACAUGGCCGCCGAGCGCGGCCGCCCGGAAGCCGGAAGAGCGGCGCGCACGGAGAGGGCGGGACUUCCGCCGCGGCCCCGUCCCCCGCCGUCCGCGCAGGCGCGCCGGGCACUUCCGGCGUGACUGCGAUGGAGGCGAUGGAGGCGAUGGAUGCGGUGGCUGCGGUGGCUGCGGUGGCGGAGGCUCGCCGCGCCGGGCCGUGGCCGGGGCUGCCGGCGCCGGGCCAGUUCUACCGCGUGCCGUGGGCCUCGGCCUCGGGCCCGGCGCGGCGCACGCUGAGCCCGAUGGUGACGGGCACGUCGGUGCUGGGCGUGCGGUUCGAGGGCGGCGCGGUGCUGGCGGCCGACACGCUGGGCUCGUACGGCUCGCUGGCGCGCUUCCGCCACGUCCCGCGCCUGGUGCGCGUCAACGGCAGCACCGCGCUCGGCGCCUCCGGGGACUUCGCCGACUUCCAGCACCUGCAGCAGGUGCUCGGCCAGAUGGUCAUCGACGAGGAGCUGCUGGGCGACGGCCACAGCUACAGCCCCAGGGCCAUCCACUCGUGGCUCACGCGCGCCAUGUACAGCCGCCGCUCCAAGAUGAACCCCCUGUGGAACACCAUGGUCAUCGGGGGCUACGCCGGCGGCGAGAGCUUCCUAGGCUACGUGGACAUGCUCGGCGUCGCCUACGAAGCCCCUUCCUUGGCCACUGGCUACGGGGCGUACUUGGCUCAGCCCCUGAUGCGAGAGGCUCUGGAGAAGAAGCCGGUGCUGAGCCAGGCUGAGGCCCGAGAGCUGGUGGAACGCUGCAUGCGGGUGCUGUACUACAGAGACGCCCGUGCCUUCAACCGGUACCAAAUCGCCACCAUCACCGAAAAAGGUGUGGAGAUCGAGGGGCCGCUGUCCGCCAAGACCAACUGGGAUAUCGCGCACAUGAUUAGGUGA